GUGUUCUGAGAGUCGACGGCGCAGCUUUCAGUGACAGAGGAGUUGAGCGAUUGAAAGGGAGUCACGACCUGCUGGGGCACAAAAACACGAAAGAUGUCGUAUGCCAGGGACAAACUGUACAGUGGAUACCUGCGGCGGAACAUGCCCACCAUCGUGUCCACGGUGAAAGUGAGGGAGAUAAUACCUCAUCUGUCUUGCCUGACGGAUCACGACAGGGAAAACAUUGAGGCGAAAAAAGACAUGUAUGGGAACUACGACGGCAUGAUGCUUCUGCUGGACUGUCUGAAGAGAAGAGAGAGCUGGCCGGAGCAGUUCAUCCAAGCACUGGAGGCGUGUGAGCAUCCGACUAUCGCAGCUGAGAUCAGAGCAGAGUACGACACUCUGAGGGGAGCCAACAGUGAGUCAGCAAAUUCCAACCCCAGCUCCCCUCCAACCACCGUGGUCCGGGCACACGUCCAUCCAGCACCAUCUGCCAGUCAUCCCCCCUUGCCAGAGAGUAGUGGGAACAGCCAGGCUGCUGUUGCUCCGCCAGCUGAGGCAUCGGCUCCUCCCGAGCCAGUAGCACAGCCCUCACCCCCUGUGGAGCUCCCUGUGCAGCCACAGGCCCCCCAGAGCCCAGCAGCACAAGUUCGUGUGGAAGUUCCCCCCCCUGAGCCUGUCGCUGAGCCUGUCACUGAGCCUGUCGCUGAGCCUGUCGCUGAGCCUGUCGCUGAGCCUGUCGCUGAGCCCGUCGCUGAGCCUGUCGCUGAGCCUCCAAAGGCAGCUCAGAUUGAAGUGGCACCUCCUCCCUCUACACCUCCUCCUUCUCCCGCGACCCCUCACACCCGGGAGGCUGCGAGCCCUCCACCUCAGAGGCAGAUUAUCUCUCAGCAGGAGCCGGAGGAAAACUCUGAAUCAGACAUCCAGGAUAUCUGCGGCGUUAUCGCUGUGCUUCCUGAUAGUGUGAGCGCAGGAAACGGAGAGGUAUCGACCGACUCGGCGGAGACUCCUCAACCUCCCUGUCCUGUGGAGCAGAGUGAAAGUGAUACUUCAUCCUGUCAAGAUACUCCAACAACCGUCACAGAGGUUAGGCCACCACGGAGUCCCUCUCCAACUGAGGACGACUCAGAUCUGACAGAUGAUGCUCUUGUCAGUGUGUCGACUCCUGAGAAGGCUCCGGUCCAGGACACCACCCCUCCUGCUGCAGCCAUGGAGCCUGAGGAGACUUCUGAACCUCCUACUAUACAGGUCGUUGAAAGCAGCCCAGAGGCAAAACCUGCAGCUACGCAUAACCCACUUCCUGCUGCUGUUGCUGUGGUUGAUGACAAAGCUGCUGCUGCUGCUGCUGCUGCUGCUGCUGCUGGGACAGACACUCCUCUCUGUGACGACAGCAGUGUGUGUCUGAGCAAACCCGGCGCACUCAUCAGUGUCCAGCCACAAAAUGAUGAAAGCCCUACGAUGCCUGCGCCCAUCCCUUCUGUGGCGCCGUACUCAGGCGAUAGCGGCCGCCUGCAGAUGAGCGCAGCUGCACCAGUCACUGUAACCCCCCCUCACACUCCUGCAUGCUCUGCCGCCGUCAGCUCCAGCACGGGGAAUUCAGUCUCUGCUCUCCCGUGCCAGGAGAACGGCAUCGACAACUACAAUGAUCCGCAGGAAAACCACUACGAGUCUCCUACUCAGAGCUUGGGAAUGCAGGAGGUGCUCGAGCAUGUGGUGCACGUGUCCGGAGAGCCGUCUAUCCUCGACCUAGCUACCCAAGACCCGACACCACAGGCUCAAAUUGUCAACGGUGAAGCAUCCAAAGAGAUGAAAUCUGCCUCGCCAGUGUCCGCCGACCCGACUGAUACUGUCUCCCCUUCGAAAGAGAACUGUCACCCCUCUGAGCCUGCUGCACCAGAAGAGAUUUCCACGCAGCUGCAGACACUGAAGGACUCAGAGGAGAAGAAGGCCGCUCGCAUGCUGCCGGCUAACACAAAGUACAUUGUGGCUGCAGGAGUGGGCGCCUUUGCACUCCUGAUGGCGUGGAAGUUUAAGAAUUAAAGGGAUUGAAUGGCUUUUUAAAGGAAGAGAAGAUUAGGCUUUAAGGGCUUUGGAAAGAGGAUCUUAAGGGGUUCUGUGCCUUAUUGUAGUCACAGGCUGGGAUAGCGUUGGGCAGCUGUUUAAUAAUUACCUAAAGUAAUAAUAAUAGCUGACUGGACGGACCUUUGAUCGUGUCAUUAAUUACUCAUCUGUUGUUAAGUUGGACCGGGUGGUAUCAUUGUAACUGUCGAUUUAAGUUGCCCAUAUGGAAAAGAAACCAAAUCUAUCCUUUUUAUCGUAGGUGAGGAACUUCUCGAGCUGAGUGGGGAUCUCAGGUUAUUUAUUUAUGCACUUGCAGCAAUAAAGUGGUUUUGCAAAAGAAGAGCAGAGCUGUGUGUUAAUGAUAGAAAUGUUUGCACUUGUCUGAUAAGCACUUUCAAGAUAAGACCGUCGGCUUCCUUCCAGUGGGGAUUAGUCCACCGAGGACCUGAUUUCUUUAACUGGAUGUGGACUGUGGAGUAUCCUCUUGAUAGUGGGAAAUCUGGCUUUUAAGGAUGCAAGUGCACCGUCUGUAUUUAUUUGUACAUAUAUAUAGAAACAUGUAUGUAUCUUAAAUAGUAUUUUAAUAAGGGUUGAUGUGUCAAAAAAAAAAAACAUUCCAAAGCAUUUAUGGAGUUUCAGAAAUCGUGCACUCAAAGAAUCAAUGAGCAAAACUCUGCACGGCUCAGUGCGCUGCAUUGAUUUACAUUCUGCUGACUGGAUCAGGGUCAUAGUGGGGAUGCACCAAUCACACGCUGUCAGAGCUGAGGGGAUCAGACUAAAACAAGUGUCCUGUGGAAGAUGGACGGAUCAUUCUCUUGUAUCUAACACAACAUGAGGCCGAGCAAAAACAUGACUGUCUGAAUCAUGAUGGGCUUGAGUGUUACAGAUGUUGACAUCCCUCUCCCCAGACUUGUUCCCCCUGCUCCUCCUGGGGGAUUCAGGGUUGCUGUCUGCAGGACAGAUGAGCUAGAUAAUCCCUCCAGUGAGCUCUGGGCUUCCCCUUGGAGCUUGAUAUGCCUAGAAAUCUUCCAAAGGAAGGCAUUCUUAGAAGAUGCCCCACCCACCUUGACUUACUCCUUCAAUGCAAAGGAGGAGCUACCUUCCCCUGGAUGUCUGAGCUCGUCACCUUGUCUCAAAGGCCGAGCCCAAAGCUGCCUAAAGCUCAUGCCCAUAGUUGACUUGUAAACUUAAACCUUUGCCUCCAGGUUCAGUUCUCCCUCCAACGGUCUUGUGUGUAUCUCUACAGAUUCCCAUAUGUUUAAUACUUUUAAAACAGCUGUACAAAUGUGAUAUCCCUGUUGUGUGACCUGGCUCAGAACGCUGAAUCCAUAUCUUAAAGAACAAGCUUGACAAACAUGAGCUGCUGCUGAUAUCCUGUGCAGGAAAGAUGGAGGACUUCCCCCCUUGACAUCUUCUAUUUUCAUAGGAACUUGCCUUUCACACUUCCCUUAAAGCAGGAAAUGAUCUGCGUCUGACAUGCUCCCACGAUGCAUGACGUAUCACGCACAUGUUGAUGAAUACCUUGAAUUUCUUACAGUUGACCAAGAAGUCAGUGUCUGAUUGGUGCAUCCCUACUUCAUGAUCCAGACUAGUUGCUCUCAAACCCUUUAAACCCGCCCCAUGAAAGGGACUGUCCUCCUCUGUUUAUAUCUCAUGUGGUAAAUGUGAGCUGUCCAAUCAUUAGUUGCACAUUUAACUGAGCUGUUGUGCUUCUUUCUUAUUCCAUCUGUCUUCAUGUCUGAAAAGUAAUUCCAAUAAUAUAAUCAGUGUAAGCAUUGCCCAGAAUUGUAUGCAAUGAGAUAGGAAAUAGAAAAAUGGCACUUUUGCUGCACUUGGCAGGUCCUUGAAAGAACCCAUUUUGGAAACCACUGAUCCAGACAAGCAGCUGUGCUUUCUGGCUGUCGUCCUGUGUACAUGUUUGAGAUUAAAUUUUAUAUUUCCAUGUUUUUUUUUCUCUUUUAAAUAGAAACAAGUGUGACUGUUUUAUUUUCUGAGAUGAGAUAAAAGUGUAAAUAGGAAUGUGUUUGACAGACAGUGGGUUAAUUAAGAUUCCUUUUUGCACAUUUAAAAAACGUAUUUGGUCUACAUAAAUGUGGUGUAGAUCAAAAUGCUUAGUUCACGUGUAAAAUGUAAUCUCAUUUUAAAUCUUAGCUCAAGUUUAUGCACUUGUCUAACGCUAUGCACUGGACAAUCACAUCAAUAAACCUGAAACUACAAACU